AGCGCUGCCCACCCUGCGCCCCGAGUCCCCGCCGCCGCCUCCUCGUCCGGCCCCGCCGCCCCCUCCCCGGGGUCCCGCCAGUCCCUGCCUGCCGCCGCCACCGCCGCCUCUGGAGCAGCGGGUCCGCAGCGGGUCACCAUGCCCAGCAAAACCAAGUACAACCUUGUGGACGACGGGCACGACCUGCGGAUCCCUUUGCACAACGAGGACGCCUUCCAGCACGGCAUCUGCUUUGAGGCCAAGUAUGUAGGAAGCCUGGAUGUGCCAAGACCCAACAGCAGGGUGGAGAUCGUGGCUGCCAUGCGCCGGAUCCGGUAUGAGUUUAAAGCCAAGAACAUCAAGAAGAAGAAAGUGAGCAUCAUGGUUUCAGUGGAUGGUGUGAAAGUGAUUCUGAAGAAAAAGAAAAAGCUUCUUUUAUUGCAGAAAAAGGAGUGGACGUGGGAUGAGAGCAAGAUGCUGGUGAUGCAGGACCCCAUCUACAGGAUCUUCUAUGUUUCUCACGAUUCACAAGACUUGAAAAUCUUCAGCUAUAUCGCUCGAGAUGGUGCCAGCAAUAUCUUCAGGUGUAACGUCUUUAAAUCUAAGAAGAAGAGCCAAGCUAUGAGAAUUGUCCGGACAGUGGGGCAGGCCUUUGAGGUCUGCCACAAGCUGAGCCUGCAGCAUACACAGCAGAACGCAGAUGGCCAAGAAGAUGGAGAGAGCGAGAGGAACAGUGAUGGCUCUGGGGAUCCAGGCCGCCAGCUCACUGGAGCUGAGAGGGCCUCAACAGCCACUGCAGAGGAGACUGACAUUGAUGCUGUUGAGGUCCCACUCCCUGGGAAUGAUGUUCUGGAAUUCAGCCGCGGUGUGACAGACCUGGAUGCUGUAGGGAAGGAAGGAGGUUCCCAUACAGACUCCAAGGUCUCACCCCAUCCUCAGGAGCCCAUGCUGACAGCCUCACCCCGAAUGCUGCUUCCUUCUUCUUCCUCGAAGCCACCAGGCUUGGGCACAGGGACACCGCUCUCCACCCACCACCAGAUGCAGCUCCUCCAGCAGCUUCUCCAGCAGCAGCAGCAGCAGACACAAGUGGCUGUGGCCCAGGUUCACUUGCUGAAGGAUCAGUUGGCUGCUGAGGCUGCAGCACGACUGGAGGCCCAGGCUCGUGUACACCAGCUCCUGCUUCAGAACAAGGACAUGCUCCAGCACAUUUCCCUGCUGGUCAAGCAGGUGCAGGAGCUGGAGCUGAAGCUGUCAGGACAGAAUGCCAUGGGUUCCCAGGACAGCUUGCUAGAAAUCACCUUCCGCUCCGGAGCCCUGCCUGUACUCUGCGACCCCACGACCCCUAAGCCAGAGGACCUACACUCACCGCCGCUGGGCGCCGGCUUGGCUGACUUUGCCCACCCAGCGGGCAGCCCUUUAGUUGACCACAGCAUGUUUGAGAAUUUGAACACAGCCCUCACUCCAAAGCUCCAGUCCAGCCACUCCUUCCCUCACUUGUCCAGACAUACAGCCCCAAGCUCUGCCAUCCCAGGCUCUACUGAGCCAGGAGGACCAGGACUGAGGGUGGGCAGCAGCCAACACUUCAAAAAUCUGGGCAAAGCAAUGGGGGCCAAGGUCAAUGACCUCCUGCGAAGAAAGGAGCCCUCGAGUCUCAGCAACAUAGGUGUGAUGGAGAUCAACAAGACAGCUGGGGCUCAGCUGGCUAGUGGGGAAGAUGCAGCUUGUGGAGCCUGGCUGGAGGAUGAAAGGUCAGUCCAAGAAGCCUUCCCUCGGCUGGAUCCUCCACCUCCCAUAACCAAGAAGCGAACCCCUCGGGCCCUGAAGACCACACAGGACAUGCUGAUUUCAUCACAGCCAGUCCUAAGCAGUCUGGAGUAUGGAACAGAACUGUUACCUGGGCAGCCCCAGGACUCUCCACCUACUGUUCCACCCAUCUCAGCAGACACUUCACAUCCAGAGUCCACCACUGAAAUGAGCGAUAGGGGUGAAGCUCUGCCCAAUGGUGAGGUGUCCCUGUCAGUACCUGACCUAAUCCACAAGGACAGCCAGGAUGAGUUCAAGCUAAAGGCGACAGAGUACCGAAGAGCUUCCUCCCCAGGCCCCAUCGAGAGGAAUGGCCUCAAACUCAGCUUGAGCCCCAUCAGCCUGGCUGAGUCCUGGGAGGAUAGCACCCUCCCUCCUCAGGCACGGACCUCAAGCCUUGACAAUGAGGGACCUCACCCAGACCUGCUAUCCUUUGAGUAAUGCCUCUGUCUUCUCUACUGAGCACCCUCUUCACUGUGCUUUGACCUCCACUGCACACUUUGUCCCAACUCUGCCAUGCCCUCACCUUCUUUGUACAAGACACAAAAGAGCCCACACUCUGCCCAAGGUGUUGAAAGGCCAGAAGGCCACAAAUAGUGUUAAGGAGUCUUCAGAGUGGCAGAAGGCCUUGGGUGCCAUCCCAGAUCCUGCCUUUCUGAAAGCUGCUCUGGUGCUGGCUGCAACCUUGGCUGCUGGAGCCCAUCCACCCACAAGUUUGUCCCAGCUUCCCACUGAGUUACAGGGACACCAGCCCAGGAGGAUGGAUCUGGCAGGAAUUCUCUUUGCCUGUCUACUCAGACCCAUAUGCUGUCUACUCUUUUCCCUCCCAAGUCUUGGUUCUGUGUCUCUCCUCUGUGGUGGCCUAGGGGCUCCCUGCCUUGAGGAAAGCAAGACUGGAAGAAUGAUGGGUUGGCUUAAUGACAGAACCUGCCUGGAAAGCUACACCCUGACUGCAGCCUGGUCAUGACUCCUCCAGGUUCAAGACAGCAUGGUCCCCUGGCUGCUAUCUUUCCUCUGUUCCCAGAGUGGAGCCAAAGGAGGCGUUUCCCAGACGUGAGACCUUGAGGGCUUCCACAGAGGUUGAACCUUGUCACUUAGGGUUGUCAGAGGUUCCCCAUUCAGUUCAGAUAUGUCCCCCGCCCAUCUGGAGAAGCACUUGGGAUGAUUGUGUGAGCAGUUGUGCUGAGGCUCCUUGCUGUGUGUGUGAAGACAGGGCUAGGCAGGCCCCAGCAGAAGCAGUAGCGCAUGAUCUGAUGGUUAGAGCAGAGACCAAGGUGUGGUCCUAUGAGAGCCAAGAGCAGAGGUCAUGGAAGAGUGUGAAGUCAGGACAGAGAAGUGCAUCAUUGGAAAUCAGAGCGGCUUUUCAGGCCACCCCACACCGAGAGGUGAGGCAGGGCCAGGGCCUGGGAAAGGUAAGUGUGAAAGCCAGGGUGAAGCAUGUGAGAGACUGGAAUGCGGUGAGGACCAUGGAAGCAAAGCACCCGUCAUUAAGCAGAAGGGGCUUUGUGCUUGUGCUGAAAUUGCCUGAAUCUCCUGCAGUACCGGGCCUGCCUGGAGGGGCUUCUAGCCUGGUCCCUAUUCUCCUCUGCGUCUGCCUUUAGCAUCUGUGAAAGGAACCAGUAAGGUUUAUCCACCCUUGACUGGUGACUGCCCUCUGAGUUAACUCACUUUGUGUUCCUCUCUCCCUCCAGGGGCCCUAUCAUGCUGUCUUCCUGUGGCCAGGAGAACCUUAUAGUGAUCCCAGCCACAAGGGCCUUUGCAGGAAGAAGAGGACAACUCUUUUCUUGAACAGGGAGGUCAGGGCCCCAUGAUGGAGUUGGAGAUGGUACAUCCAGACAGGGCAGGCCACGCAGCAGUCCUCUUGUCCUCAUUCUGUGGCCUCCCCUUUUCUGUUCCUUGCUUGGCUUCCCACCCAUGAGAUCAGGGGCAUGUAGGACUUCCUAGUUCACCAAGCUGCUGCUUUCCUUCCAACCCUGUCUGCUAAACAUCUGAGCUAACUCCCAUAGAGUGGAGAGCCUCAGCAGGCCCCCUAGGAUGUGGGUGCCUUCUUGCAUGUUGCCUUAAGUAGCUGCGUGUCCUUAGCCAUCUGUACCCUUCCACCUCCUCCUCCUCCUCUACCCUGUCUUCCAUUGCCCUAGAAAGCAAAGCUUCAUCCUAUGCUUUCCACAAAGUCCUGUAUCUUCCUUGCAGAUGAAGAUACAUGCAUCCAGGCACUUGACGGCCCUGGUGGAGUGAACAGGACUGUUAGCACAUGUGUAGAUCCUGCCCUGCUCCAAGAAUAUCCCAAGGAUGUGAUAUCUGACCUUGAAGUCAAAGAGAGAUCCUUGGGACUAGCAUUUGGGGUUCUGUGGAUUUUCCCAGAACAGUUUGGGAUAUCACCCUAAACAUACAGAGUAGAAGGUGUGGGGUGGAAACUCUACACAUGCACCAGGGAGCAGGCUCAAUAUCAUCCGAGCCCUCCAUACCAGGACCUUGGUUUGCUCCUCUGAUGGGAUGUUCAUGAGGUGAUUGUCCUCUUGGAUCAGCUCCUCCCCUGAGACUGGAUGAUGUGGUAACCUAAGACAGCACCAGCCUUGACUUGCUGGACUCCUGGCCCUCAGGACUACACAAAAGAUCCCAUUAGGUUGUCCCAGGACACCUCUGAGUACUUUAGACUCAUCUGAUGUUGAAUUAGGUGCUGUAGGACCCUAUACCAUCCCCUAAAGGUGGUACCUGAAUUUUGACCAUCUCCCCACUACUGGAGUGAUGCUGCUACCUUGGGAGGCCCUGUGAAUCUAAGCCCAGUCUUAGAUGCUACAGAUAUUGCCUGGUGCUAGGGACUAAGUACUGCCCAGGGACCAGCAGGAACAAAUCCUGCCGAGGGCCUUGACUCACAUCAGCUCUUCCAUUCAGUGCCCUACCUGGCUUCCUGUCCAUCUCAAUAGUCUGACCUUUCUGUAAGACUGUAGCAUGUCAGCCACUUUCCUGGAAUGUGAAUCCAACUCCUCUGGAAGCUUGGCCUUUGGUUAGCUCGGUCUACAUGGGAGCAGACUAACGAAGGGGAAUGAAAGGCCUGUCUUCUAUGUCCAUUUAAGAAAGUGUGAGCUAUAGAGCUUUGUUCUUUCACCACUUCUACCUAACUCCAUUGUAUACCUCUGUUCAGCCCAUAGCUUUCCCCUGGUAGAUCACAAGAUGGCCUUUCAGAAUCUGGAAAGGGGGCAACCCCUUCCCACCCAACAGAGAAAGAAAUGUAUCUGUGAAUGUUCUAUAUGUGGGAGAUAUGAAGACAUGUUUGUAAUCUGUCAGCUUUUAAAGAACAAGUUUGGCCUGUUUGGAAGAACAAGAUUAUAGAUCUAUUCUGAGUAUUUUUUAGAGAAUUCAUAUUUAUAUUUUUAGAGAUUUUUCUGGUAGAAGGAAAUUGCAUAAUAAAA